UCUACGCUCCCUAGGAGCUAAUACGGAAUAUCUCUUUGGUUGAGCUCAUAGAACUUUUCAUUCCCAAGGUUGCGUGUAGAUGGUAUAAUCGGUAUAAUUCGUAUGUACAGUCGAAGCUGGUGUGACAGUGACAAGUUUUGAGGUAUUAAUAAUUGUUUAGUUUGACAGUAAGGAUUUCGUAAUGGGGCAGAGAAUAUCACAGAAUACUUCAGAUAGCAAAACCAAUGACAGUAAUAAGAAACUGCAACCAGUGGAACACAGUGUGCCAGAAGAAAUCCUUGUUCAUAUCUUGAGUUAUGUGGAUAUUAAGACAUUAGUAAAUUUCAGGCUUGUCUGUCAUUGGUGGAAGCAUUUGAUUGAUAAUGAGGUGUGGAGAUUGAAAGUAUCCAGAGAGAAAUACAGGAGUUUAAAGGCAGUGGAUCCUAAAUGGAAACUGCCUUGGUAUGUUUAUUAUAGGAUAUGUGAUAAAGAUCCUUUUGAGAAGAAUGUAUUGAAGAACCAUUGCGCACAAGAUAAUCUCAAAUAUUGGAACAUUUUGAGCAAUGGAGGUGAUAAGUGGGCUAUAGAAGAUCCUCCUCAGGGGACAGAUACAGUGCCACAAAGUGAAGAAUUUGGUAACUUCACUAGUUGCUUUGCCACAUCUUUUCACUCUUGCUCUAAAGAACAAGUAGUUGAUCUGCUCUCAGAGGGUAUGAAUAGCAAAGUGAUGGAUGAGUUUCAACCCAUUAUUGAAGUCAGUGAAUGGUAUGCUGGCCGGUUUGAUUGUGGUUGUGUAUAUGAAAUGAAGUGUGAAUUGCUGAAUGAGAAGAGAGAACCAGUAACUGACAUCAAAUGCCAUGAAUCACUCAAACAGUGGGAAGGAGGAGUAUGGCAUAAGGUAAGCUACGUGUUCCAGAGCUAUGGACCAGGUGUUAGGUUUAUUAGAUUUUAUCAUGGAGGCAUGGAUACCCAAUUCUGGGCUGGGCAUUAUGGCAGUAAAAUGAGUGGAGCAUUUAUAAAACUCAGGAUUCCUGCACCCCCGUCAAGAAGAUGCAGCAGUGCAGAGGAUGAAAGUGAUUCAGAAGAUGAUGUGUUAUAACUCCAUUGUAUUUCUUGAGUUGAAGCUGGCGCCAAUAUUGCAUUUGAAAUUCAUCUCUGUUGAGUUAUUGCUGCAUUGUAAAUUGUAUAUAUAUAUAAAGAUUCUCAAAAUGAA